GCUUUUCUGUGGCUGGUGGGGUGGGAAGGUCAGGCAUGCAGAUCACUCUGGGCAGGCUAAAUUUACUCUGGAGUGUCUCUGUCACCAGCCAUACAUAGCCACUCUCACUCAGGGCAAGCAGCCUCAACAAAUCAGUGCUCUGUGAAACUCUGAAGGAUCUUAAUUAAGUCUGUAAUGAAAAAGUUUUCAAAAAUGCAAUAGAAUGCUCUUUGUGUAUCUGGAGUCUUCAUAGCCAUGCCAUGGGUUUCUUUUCUGUCCUUGCUCUGCCAUUGCUGCUCUUGGGGAUCAGUGGAAUUAUUUACAUUUACCAGUCAGUCAGGUGGCUGCUGUCCAAGUCAGCAGUGCAGAACAAGGUGGUGGUGAUCACAGAUGCCAUCUCUGGGCUGGGCAAGGAAUGUUCUCGUGUGUUUCAUGCAGGAGGAGCAAGGCUUGUGCUGUGUGGCAGGACAUGGGAAAAGUUGGAAGCCUUGUAUGAUGCCUUAAUUAGUGUGACAGACCCCAGCAUGACAUAUGCCCCAAAGCUGAUUCUUCUGGAUAUCACAGACAUAAGCUGCAUCAGAGAUGUAGCCAAGGAAAUCCUGAACUGCUAUGGCUGUGUGGAUAUUCUGAUCAACAAUGCAAGCAUGAAGGUGAAAGGAGCAGUGCAGAGCAUUUCCCUGGAGCUUGAUAAAAAGAUAAUGGAUGCCAACUAUUUUGGACCUAUAACAUUAACCAAAGCCAUCCUUCCCAAUAUGAUCUCAAGAAGAACUGGCCAAAUUGUUCUAAUUAAUAGCAUCCAAGGGAAAAUAGGAAUUCCAUUUCGUGCAGCUUAUGCUGCUUCCAAGCAUGCUGCUGUAGGAUUUUUUGAUUGUCUUCGAGCUGAAAUGGAGGAAUUUGAUAUUUCUGUCAGCACUGUGAAUCCAACCUUCAUCUGCUCCUACCAUCGCCAGCCAGCACCAGGCAACUGGGAGGCAUCAAUCUGGAAAUUCUUUUUCAGGAAGGUGUCCUACGGUGUGCACCCCGUGGAGGUGGCAGAGGAGGUCCUUGCCACGGUGAGCAGGAAGAAGCAGGAGGUGCUAAUGGCCAAUCCCAUCCCCAGAGCAGCAGUUUACAUCAGAACAUUCUUCCCCGAGCUGUUUUUUGCCAUUGUUGCCUCAGGGAUUAGGGAAAGGCUGAAGACAGAAGAGGAAAAUUGAUUUUGUUUGGUU